UAUAUACAUAACAAUGUCAAGUUGUGUCUGUCGCUACAUACCUUUAUUGUUUAUUAGCAUUUAAUAGUACUAGUGUACAAUCAAAAUAAGUACAAUAGAUUGAAAUGUGUGAUUACUGUGUAUUGUGAAUAAUAACAGUGACAAACUUUGUUUGCAAUUUACCCACCAUAUAUUCUAUGCAAUAUCAAGUAACUGAUUGUUGAACAUCAAACCAUGUAAUUGAAAAUUUAUAUGUUCAAUAAUCAAGCCAAGAAUCGCUAUCAUAUUUUUGAGGUAAGUGAUAAAAAAAAUGAUGACAGAAGAAGAUCGACAACUCCGAGCUGCCGCUGAAAAUUUUUUAAAUGGUUCACUUCAAUCACAAAGAAGUGGCUCCUACACUCAAAGAAGUAUCAGUAGUAUCAAUAGAGAUUAUAUUAUUAGCGAAGAUUUAAUUGCUGGUACUCGAUACAAUGGAAGGAUGUCAAGUGUCAGAAGAUUUUUUUGUUUGCUUGUCACAUUUGAUCUGCUCUUCACAUGCCUCAUGUGGCUGAUUUGUACCACGAUAGCUGGUGAAAAUAUUACAACAGCAUUCAUACAGCAGGUUCUUCAUUACAAUAUUUCGACGUCGCUUUUUGAUAUAAUUAUGGCAGCCGUUUGUCGAUUCACGAUACUGCUAUUAUUUUAUGCACUACUACAUUUAAACCAUUGGUUUUUUGUCGCGUUUACAACUGCCUUAACUUGUACCUUUCUUGGCGCCAAAGCUUAUUAUUUUAAUUGGAAUGGAGUUUCACAGCCUGGUUUUCAAGCUCUUUUAAUUUUAACGUCAUUUGUGAUAGCAUGGGGUGAAGCCUGGUAUUUUGACAGUCGUGUAGUACCGCAAGAAGUUCAAGCACACGAUUGGUUAAUAAAUUCGAUCGACAACGAAAGAGCGCCAUUACUUCGCCAUUUUAUUGAUAGUGCGCAGAAUCGCCCGACUGAAAGUGUGGGAAAUUUUUUCACACCCAUGGAUUCACCAAAUCAUUCCGAUACGGAAGAAGAUCAAUCAAAAUCAGUCAAUUCAACAAUUUCAGAUGACGAAUUCUUUAAUGUCAUAGGAAAUUUACCCAACUUAUCGCAAGAUAAGAUUGAAGAGUAUAAAAAAAAAGCAUCAUUACUCGUAGAUCAAUCUUACACACUUUUAAUAUCGAAAGAAUGGCAAAAAUUGAAUACAACAGAAGAAGGAGAUAUUAUUUCAGUUAUAAAUAGACCCUCUGGAAAAAUAUUAAAGAUUGAAGGAAUAAUUGAUGCCCCAGCCACAGUUCUCGUUAAUAGUUUGCAUAACAAUGUCGAAGACGUUGCAUCAUGGAAUAAAGAUGUAUCUGUUGUUCAGAAAAUUCAGAUAAUCGAUGUAAACACGGAUAUUGUUUAUCAAGCGACAAAAACCUAUGGGGCUGGUUUCAUUGGCCCACGGGAUUUUGUUACACUAAGACAUCGUAAUAGGUGUGGAAAAUAUUAUAUGAGUAGUGGUAUUUCUAUACACAUUAAUCUUCCAAUUCGUAAGAACCAUAUAAGAGCUGAAAACAGUAUUGUCUGUUUAGCAGCAGAACCAAUUAACUCCAGUGAUAGUAACAACGAAUUGAAAUGUCGCGUAACUUGGAUACUUCAUCUCGAUUUAAAAGGCUGGAUACCACAGAGAGUUAUUGACAAUUCUAUAGCUAGUAUGCUGGAAAAAAUGAUUAAAUCAAUUCGAUCUUAUGUAAUUAAUUGUAAUAGUAAUAAUUUAUCUUUAAGUUCUGGUUAAUUUUAUAUUUUUUAAUUUUUAUGACAAAUUUAUAUUAUAAUGAAUAAUGAUAGUAAAAUUAAGCAGAGGUUAAUUAUCUAAGAAAGUCUCGAUUUUCACAAUUAGAGAAAUAAAAUACGUGUGUAUUUAAUAAAAAGUACUGAUUUAUAUUGUAUAUAAGAAUUUUUUAGAAAAAAAAAAUUAUGUAUUAUAAGAGUGCAUUUAUAUUAAUUACGAAAAAUACAUACACCAAAAUACGUCAUGUCUUAUUUAGCGAAGAACUUUACAUGUGAUAAUAAAAUUUUUAUAACUGAAAACUCUUCCAUUUCUUCAAGAGACGAAUACAUUCCUAUGUUACUGGGAAAUCUGAUACAGUCAAAUUUCAUUAACUUGAACAGUUAGCCUACGGACGAGCGGAAAUUUUUGGGAAUUCUGACUUAUCGAAUGCCCCUUCUCCUUAAAAGAGUAAACUACACAAAUGCGGUCUUACAUCUACGUGUACGAAGUAUAUUGGCAAGGAGUCUAGUAUAUGGUGGGGACAACUGAAUCGAUUGUAGCGCUCGCCGUGGACACAAUUUCGUAGAAUCAUGCUCUUGUUGAACAUAAACAUGUGAAAGUUAAAAUGGUUCAUAAUAGUUGUUGUGUUGCAAAUUGCAAAAAAAACAAUUUGUCAUGAUUUAUUGAUUCAAAUCCGGUUUGGAUAAUGAUGUUCAUCAUUGCCUAAAAAUUAUAAAAAAAAAAAAACAUCAUAAGUUAGUACUGUCUUAGUUACGAUUCACCAACAAAUUAUCAUGAAUUAAAAUAAAAUUAUUCACUUUAAUUUUGUUAAAAAACUCAGAUUAAUAUUCUACUAAAAAUUUUUUGAUGGAGCAAAUAAGCUUGUGCAUUAAAUAAAUUUUCAAUUCUCAGAAAAUCUAAAUUUAAAGUAUUCAAUAGAAGUUCAUUUGUUUUGUGAAUUGUAAAU